AUGAGCGUUUCUCCUAUGCACACGAACGGUAUGUUGCAGGUUGGAAAGAGUGAAGACAUAAAGGCCGGAGACAUUACUCAAACCGUCUUCGAAGAUUGUGUCGUACAGAUAGACGGCUCAGGAGCCGGAUUUAUCCACGACCACUACAUGAUAGACUUCAACCGUAGAAAGCGUGUCUUUGAGCUUGUGUUGGAGGGAUACAACGACGAUGACAUAAUAGUAGCGCCUCUGGUGAUUUAUCGCAUCGCAGAUCCGACAAUGCUCCUAGUAUGGCUUGUCCGACAGCCCGAGUACAGGACAGUCAUCUGCAAACUCAGUAUUCACAUCACUCAUCUCUGGGCUACCGAGGAACGUUUACACGGCUUCCAGGCCAAUGGUCAGCCCGUCCACGCCCUUCUACGGUUUUGGCUCAGAGCCCGCAAUAUGUCUCGGAAACCAAUGUUGCCAAGACUAAAGGAGAUUGACGUCCUAAUCCACUGUACAACGAUGUACUUUGCUGGAACUUGGACAAGAGGAAAGCUUCACACGGCCCCAUGCCAUGCGAUGAUGGCUGAGUGCAAGAAGAAGCCUGCAAUGUAG